AUUUAUUGAAUAGUGAAUACUGGUUUCUUGUUUAGUAUGUUGAUGAACGAAUGCUUGCAGGUGAGACUAAUGAUAAUAAAUAUUUUACUACUGAAAUAAUGGAAAGCACGGAAUAUAAUGGGCAGCUCAGAAUCAAUUAGACGAUUUAGACUUCGCAGAUGACCUACCCCACCUAUCCCAUACAUACGAACAAAUGCAGAUAAAGAAAACUAAUGUAGCAGCAGCCUCUGUAUCAGUAUGCCCCAACACACACAAGGGAAAAAGCAAGAUCGUCAAACACAACACGGAAAACACCAACCAACACAAUCCCACUUGAUAGAGAAACUCUGGAACGGGUGGAAACAUUCACUUAACUAGGUAGCACAAUCUAUGAACGUGGAGGAUCUGAUGCAAUCGUAAAGGUGAUGAUUGGCAAAGCAAGGGUCGCAUUCCCACAAAUGAAGAACAUAUAAAACUCAAAACAACUGUUAACUAAUAUCAAAGUCACAAUCUUCAAUACAAACGUCAAGACAGUUCUGCUACACGGAGCUGAAACUUGGAGAACUACCGAAACCAUCAUCAAGAAGGUACAAGUAUUAAUAAAUAGUUGUCUACAUAAGAUACUCAACAUCUAUUGGCCGUAUACCAUCUUCACUACCCAUCUGUGGGAGAGGAAAAACCAAUUUCCAGGUGAAGAGGAAAUUAGGAAACGACGUUGGAAGUGGAUAGGAAAUACAUUAGGAAAACCAUUAAACUGCAUCAUGAGGGAAGCCUAAAUUUAAAAUCCUGAAGGGAAGCGGAAAAAUGGAAGACCAAAGAACACACUACGUUGGGAAUUGGAAUCAGAUAUGAAAAGGAUGGAUAACAACUGGAAAGAGGUGGAAAGGAUUGCCCAGGACAGGGUUGAAUCGAGAGUGUUGGUGGGCGGCCUAUCCUCCACGAGGAGUGACAUGCAAAUGUUUGGUUUUAAGUCCAUAACUGUAAACAUCCAUGUUGCUAAAUGUUUUUCAUUAUUUAACUGAAUGUGUAGCAGCAUCGUCAAUAACAGUAGGUAUUAACAUACACAAAGGGAAAUCAACAUGCACCAAUCAAAUCACACUUGACGGAAAAAAUUUGGAAGAUGUAAAAACCUUUACAUAUCUGGGCAGCAUCAUUGAUGAACACGGUGGAUCUGAUGCAUAUGUGGAGGCUCAGAUCGGCAAACCAAGAGCAGCAUAUCAACAACUGAAGAACAUGUGGAACUCAAAACAACUGUCAACCAACACCAAGGUCAGGAUUUUCAAUACAAAUGUCAAGGCAGUUCUACUUUACGUGGCGGAAACCUGGAGAACUACGAAAAUCAUCAUCCAGAAGAUACAAGUGAUUAUUAACAGUUGUCUAUGCAAGAUACUUCGGAUCCGUUGGCAGACACUAUCAGCAACAGGCUACUGUGAGAGAGAACAAACCAGAUCCCAGUGGAGGAAGAAAUCAGGAAGAGGUACUGGAAGUGAAUAGGACACACACUGAGGCAAGUCCUCACUUGGAAUCCCCAAGGUCAAAAGGGAAGAGCAAACUAAAGAAAACAUUACCUUGAUAAAUGGAGAUAGACAUGAGAAAAAUGAACAAGAAUUAGAUAGAGUAGGUUGUACAAUGCUGGUUGGCGGCCUAUUCUCCAUUGGAAGUAACAGGCG